AAAAUUGACUUUCAUUGAAAUCAAACUUUUGUGUGCGACACAGGCAUUUCAAAAAUGAACUGGACUAGUGAGGCAACUUGGCAUUUGGUGGAGUUGAUGGAGGAAAACAUGGACGGGCUCCGGGCUGAUCCAAAGAACGCAAACAUCUACAAGUAUAUUGCGGACCAAUUGGUUAUGUUCGGUCCAAGCGCCAAUGAAGUCAAGAUAAAAAUUAAGAGCUUGACAAAACUUGACGGAAACAGAGAGGAGUUGCCAAAAGUUGGUCCUUCGGAUAAAACUUCUUCACCGGUUGAUGACCCAUUAGACAAAUCGAAGGAAAUGUUUUUGGCUUCUCACAUGCUCAAUUUCCGGAGAAGUGAGCCUCUUGGUCUUAAUUUGGAUUCUAUGUCAAGGGCUAUCGAAAAGCCCGUUGUUUGCACUUGUCCAAACAACAAAAGGUGCAUCAUAGACGAUUUCCUGGAAAUAGAGCGGGAGAAAUUGGAAGUCUUAAAGUCAAUUCGCGAUGAUCAUUUGGAUGUCAUAUUGCAUAUUGAAGACUUUUGCAAAAAAGCCUUACAUCAUCUUGAAAAUAAACAGUAAGCAUUUGUAUGAGUUGAGACUGAUAUUCAAUAUGAAUUGACAUUUAUAUUCUUAAACAAAUUUGCAUAAUAAAUACUGAUAUAAAAUUUGAA